AUGGGCCAGCAACAACAACAACCACAGCAACCAGUACCACAAGACGACCGAUCGCGGCAUAUCACGCUGCAAGGGUUCAAUCGGGUUCCGUUAGUCUGUUUUGCGUUGAUGGUGAUUACGCUGCUCAUGCUAUGUGUCGUAAAUGUCGACGAUGGGACCGUGACGCUACCGGCCGGGUUGGGUUCCUUCCAUUAUCAACGCGUGUACACCACCAAAAAUACAGAUAAGCACAAAGAUGCCAAGAUUUGCUACCCACAAGUCGUAUUGGAAGAAGAUGAUUUUGACAAUUUCCAAGUAUUGGGGGGAUCGGAUACUACUACUACUACUACUACUACUACUAGGAGCUCCUGGAAUAUGGGAACCGUCUCCAAUAGUAUCGAGUUGAACACGAAUUUCUUGGGACCUCUCGGACAAGGACACGAUCAGGUAUCCAAAGAAUUUGACAUUCCCGUCUUGGCGGCAUCUUCGCAACAACAUCAACUACCCAUUCCUGCCAGCAAUGUCACUGUGGAAUUCAAACUGUACCAAAUGAACGACUGGAGUAGUAGUAGUAGUGCUGAUGAGGACGACAAGAUGUUGGUACUCAUCAACAAUGUCCAAAUUGAUCUGGGAGACAUGACGGUCCAUCAGCCAUUUUCGGGAACUGAGGGAAACAUUGUCUGGGAGCGCAGUGCUCCUCUUCAGGAACAGAGUGAGGACGCGAAAAUGCCAGUGGUAUACAAGGUUCGCAUCACUGUUCCCUCGAGCUCUCUCCCGGGCAAUCGAUUCACGCUCAAAUUUCAAACCGCCACCUCCAAGCCAAUCUUGGAGCAGAGUGCCGGAAUUGACGAUUUAAUCAUUACCGGAUUCUAUCAAUGUCAACAACAAGAACAGCCGCAACAAUCGCCACACAAGAAGAUUAAUAAUUCGACAGCCCCGGUCGAAUCGACUCCGGAACAAACUCCAACGGCAGCAGCACCCGCUACCCCCAAUCCAGAAGUGAAGGAAAAUACAGAAGACGAGACUCCAGAAGAAAUGGAAGAAUCUCUGGAAGAAAAUGGUGGCGAAACUUGUGCCAAGCUUCCAGCUCCAGCCGAUGGUGUUUGUGCCGCCGCAAACCCUUCCACUCUCGAUAAUGGUGUUCAUGGGGGAAAGGAUCCAUAUGCUGGCUGGUAUUCUUUGAAUAACGAUGGUUGCUGUCAAGAUUUCUGUCGUUGGGUUGGUGGUAGUGGUUCCGGAGGGGAUCCAGGCCUUCAAAUCAAACAUCGUGAUUCUUAUUGGUCAUGCAGACCAGCAGGUUACGCCGCAUGUACAUACUUUGAAGGUUUUGGCGAUACAUUCAAUUUUGCCAAGUGUGACGGUCAAGGUAUGCCUGCUGUAUCCAAACCAGUAAUUGAAGCAGAGACAGCCGCUCCUCCUCCGCUGGAAGAAAUCAAAGAAGAGGAGACUCCACAAGAAAUGGAAGAAUCUCUGGAAGAGGAAGAUGGGGAAACUUGUGUGGAGCUCCCAGCUCCAGUUGAUGGAUCUUGCCCUGCGGCAAACCCUUCUAUGCUUGACAAUGGCGUUCACAGCGGUCAGGAUCCAUACACUGGCUGGUAUUCUUUGAAUAAUGAUGGUUGCUGUCAAGACUUUUGUCGUUGGGUUGGCAGUUCCGGCUCUGGGGGAGACCCAAGCAUGGCAAUCAAGCACCACGGUUCUUAUUGGUCUUGCAGACCAGCAGGGUAUACUGCAUGUACAUACUUUGAAGGUUUUGGCGAUACAUUCAAUUUUCCCAAGUGUGACAGCCAGGGUGUGCCUUCCACUCUGGAGCCUGAGCCAGAGGAAGAAGAAGAGACUCCAGAAGAAAUGGAAGAAUCUCUGGAAGACGAAGAUGGAGAAACAUGUACUCAGCUUCCAGCCCCAGCAGCUGGUACUUGUGCAGCAGCAAACCCUUCCACUCUCGACAAUGGCGUUCAUGGUGGUAAGGAUCCAUAUGCUGGCUGGUUUUCGUUGAAUAACGAUGGCUGCUGUCAAGACUUCUGCCGUUGGGUUGGAAGUAGUGGUUCUGGAGGGGAUCCAACCAAUCAAAUCAAGCAUCGUGAUUCUUAUUGGUCAUGCAGACCAGCAGGUUAUUCCGCUUGUACGUACUUUGAAGGAUUUGGUGAUAGUUUCAAUUUUGCCAAGUGUGACGGCCAGGGUGUGCCUGCUACACCCGAGCCAGAAGAAGAAGAAGAAGAAGAAACUCCAGAAGAAAUGGAGGAAUCUCUUGAAGAGGAAGAUGGGGAAACUUGUACUCAGCUUCCAGCUCCAGCAGCUGGUACUUGUGCAGCAGCAAACCCUUCGACUCUUGACAACGGUGUUCACAGAGGUCAGGAUCCAUAUGCUGGAUGGUUUUCUUUGAAUAAUGACGGUUGCUGUCAAGACUUUUGUCGAUGGGUUGGUGGUAGUGGUUCAGGAGGAGACCCAAGCUUGGGAAUCAAGCACCGGGAAUCGUAUUGGUCUUGCAGACCAGCAGGGUAUUCUGCCUGUACAUACUUUGAAGGUUUUGGCGAGUCCUUCAAUUAUGCGAAGUGUGAUGGUCAGGGUGUGCCUGCUGCCCCCAAGCCGGUGGUAGAAGCAGAGACAUCCCCGCCGCCUCCAGAACCCCCAGCAGUGGAAGUUAAACAAGAAGAGACUCCCCAGGGUGUACCCGCUGACCCCUCUGCACCUCAACAACAAACAGUCUGGGAACGACUCACCAGCAAAGGGAGAAAGACAAUCACAGUUCUGGAAGGAUCCGGAUUGGGCAGUCAAAUGAUCAACAUGUUGGCACAAAAGAUCUACUUUGAAGCCCACGGAAAGGAAUACUUUGUCGAUGACACAGAAUACGGAUAUCGAUGGGACGACAACACCGGAGUAUUACAGGGAUACUUCACGCCUCAGUUCCCUGUCCUUCAAAGGAGCGAUUGGCAACAAAUGACUAGCUUUAUGGGAGUUCCUCCGCGCAACGUGAUUUUCAACACGAAUGAUGUCUAUCGCGAUGGGGCUAUUGAAAUCAUCAAGUCGAUUCGCUUUUCUCAGCGCAAACAUUUUCGAAAGGAAUUCAAGCACGAUCACUUUGGGCUCAUGGUACCGGAGGCAUGCAAGCACUUGCAAUUCAAUCAGCGUGCCAAACAAGAGUUUAAAACGUUGAUUGACGCCAACAAUAUUCCCAAUUUGCGCAAUGUAUCUUCGGCUGCCUUUCAUAUCCGUCGUGGAGACAAGAUCCUCGCGCACGAAUCUAUUGUCUAUUCGGGUGCCAACUACGUGCUCAAGCUUCUGGAGGCAGUGGGAGAACAAAAGAUUGAUCAUUGCUUUAUUUCAUCGGGAGACUAUGCGGCGGUAGAAGAAGUCCAGGCAGCAUUGCAAGAAAAACAGGUUGGUUGCCAGGUCCAUACUCUCACCCAACAAGCUGAGCACGGUGCCGAUGAGUCGGUGAGCAGAACUAAUCGUGCCAAUACGGUCCAGUUCUUGGCGGAAAUGUCACAGUUGAUUGAUGCCACCUUCUUUGUGGGGACCUUCAAUAGCAACGUGGGAUCCAUGGCGGCGUUGCUACGUGCCUGCAUCUACCCCAAGAAAAGGUAUGGCAACUCCUAUGGGGUCGACACGGACGACUGGUACUAUGUUCGCCAUCGCGACUAG